CUUGCAAGUCGUGCAAGCGAAAAUUUUUCGAAACGAUUUCGGUACUUGUUUAUGAGGAGCGCCGUAGUCUCCGGCGCAUAACUCGUGGUUCUAUAUGCAUCCAUUGCAGUUUUCUUGAUUAAUUUUUGUUUAAAAGGCGAUUAUGAAUUGCGUUAAUAAUUAGUACAUUUUUUUAUUUAGAACUACAUUUUAUUUGCACCUUUUGGGCAUUGUUUGUAUCAUUUCCUCAUAUGAUUAAUAUGAUUAAUUUUACUGUAUUUUUUAAUUAUUUCCCCUAUGCGUUUUCAUAAUUGGCUUUGGAUCAGCAUUUACUUGUUAGCUUUAAUUUUCAUAAUCACUUGAACCUAUAUUUUAUAAAAUGACGGUACGUUACCAGCUAAAGCUUGAAUCUGUGACCUUUGGAAAACUGGGUCAACUGCUGCUACGAUGGCGCGGCAGUGUGUACAAGCUUAUGUAUCGGGAAUUUUUGGUGUUUGCAAUAUUAUUUGCCAUAAUCAGCAUGAUAUACCGACUGGUUCUCAACGAAGAUCAGAGAAAAGUAUUCGAGAAGCUGUGUCUGCAUUUGGAGGAAACUGUUAACCUUGUGCCCUUGACCUUUGUUCUCGGAUUUUACGUCUCCUUUGUACUAUCCAGAUGGUGGGAACAGCUGAUCGCGUACCCAUGGCCGGACAGAAUGUCAUACCUUAUAAUUUAUUGGAUAAACGGACAAGAUGAAAGGUCAUACAUGAUACGACGCCAACUGGUGCGAUAUAUAACCGCAGCGACCAUCUUCGUUAACCGUCCAUACAGUGUCCUUACACGAAAACGCUUUCCUACACUGCAGCACAUGGUCGAUGCAGGAAUUUUGUCAAAAGAGGAGAGGGCCCUGUUUGAGAGUAUCACGGAGAUUAAAGAGCACGGCAAGUUUUGGGUGCCGUGCGUAUGGUUUUCUAAAGUGUUGGAUCAAGCGAGAAAAGAAGGUUUGAUGGAUGAUCCGAUGGGCAUUGGUGCUAAACAAAUUAUGGAUGAGCUCUUAGUUUUCCGUGCUCAAUUGGGAAGAAACUGGAUGUUUAAUUGGGUGCCUAUUCCUCUUGCUUACACUCAGGUGGUUACUUUAGCCGUAUACACGUUCUUUGGUGCGUGUUUAUUUGCUCGCCAGCCACUGGAUGUGAGCAAAAACUAUAAAGGUCACGGCAUUGACACCUACUUCCCUAUCUUUACUAGCCUGCAAUUUCUCUUUUAUGUCGGAUGGUUGAAAGUUGCUGAAACCAUUUUUAAUCCCUGGGGUGAAGAUGAUGACGAUUUUGAUAUUAACUGGUUCAUUGAGCGCCACAUGCAAGUGCACUUCACCGUAACCGAUCAAAUGUUUGAUCAGCCUCCACCGAUUGUCAAGGACAAAUACUGGGGCGGAACCUACGUGCAACUGCCGCCACUGAACAAAAACAACGAAGCUCUUAAACCGGGUGAUAUGGUGCCGCCUUUCUACAUUGACAACUACGGACGCGAGAACCAUUGGCCACCGAGCCCGCCUUCCACACCAAAAUCCGGUCGCUUUGCUAAGCCAAAAUCACCGGUUGUUCAAGAAACCGCCAUUACUAUAAACACUGACGCUACGCCGACCGAUGUCAAUUCGCAUAACUCGUCUUUUCGGAGUUACGGAACUUCUUUGUCACGAGCCGUUUACUGGGAUGGAAGUCCCAUUUUUAAUCCCAGAAGUCAAAAGUGGCCUUUGCUGAAGGAUGAGUUGAAAGAGGAUUCCAAAGCUUAACGUGUCUGCCGAUAUACGUACCGUAAAAAGAUGCUUGGCUGUUUACUGUUGCAAGCCUCAUAAAAUGUGAUUGUAGAAUUCUGGUGAAAUGGUAUCGUAUUGCGUCUUGGUUAAAAUUAUGUGUUUACUUUAUUGUGAAAUUGAGAGUGGAUAUUAUUAUUGUUAUUAAAUUUUGUUGUGUUACAGCAUAAAGUGGAUUUAUAUGUUUAGUUUGCAAGAAGUGCUAAUAAAAA